GAUCUUCUGGAAAGCUGUGCUCUAUGUGACUCCUGCCAGUUCUCCAUUGGCAUAAUCAAUAGUCACAAUCAAGAGUUUCCCAAUAAAUUGCCAAUAGCUGAUUUGCUUGAAUGGAGGAAAAGCCUUAGUAUGUGAAGCCUAUGGUGAUCUCUAUAUAGCAAUGAAUAGAGAGAGAGAUGAAUACUGCCUCAAAGCUUUUGUUCUUCAGUGUUUCUUUGUGAGAUAGUAACACUUUCCUCUUGUGAUAUCAUUUUAGGUUUUUUGAAAUACAUUUUCUAAAAAAAGACCCAAAGCAUGUCAAAAAACUACUACCAUGGAAAUUUCAUAAAUACUACCGUGUGAAAGAACCCUUCUGCUCAGAAAAUACAGUGUAUCUUCAGACAUCUUAGGGAAGUUCCAGAAAGAACAGCAGGUUGUUUGUUAUGUCUUUGGCUGAUACCACAAAAUCACAUUCUGAUGAGCAUUUCCCGAUGGUGGAAUUAGAAAAGAGAAGGAAGUCUGGAGAGUGCAGGAGACACUCGGUCACAGGGGAUUUGUCCAGGACCGGCAGGACUUCCAGUGGGAGUGUGGAAUACAGCAGGUCCCAAUGCUCCUGCAGAAGUCUAAAUUCUCACUGUGACUAUUCAGAAGACUUUCUCUCUGAGGCUUCAGAAGCAGGCAUUAACAGAAAAUAUUUAGAACAUCCUGUGGUAAAAGAAAAGGAGAAGAAAAUGCAUAAUGUUUCUAAAAUCUCCCUGUCCAAAGGCAAGAAGGAAACCACAGGUGAAAAAAAGCACACCUGGAAUGCAUCAUUUUUCACUUCUCAACUCAGUAUGAUUACACAAAAAAGAAAUGCAAUGGCCCAACGAAUACUCUCAGCAAGACUUCAUACAAUUAAAGAACUGAAAAACGAAUUAACUGACAUGCACCGGAAGCUGGAAGCUGUCGUCAUAGAAAACCAAUUUCUGAAACAGCUUCAGGUAAGGCACUUGAAAGCCAUAGGCAAAUACGAGAAUUCCCAAAACAAUCUGCCUCAAAUUACAGCCAAACACCAGAACGAGGUGAGGAAUUUACGGCAGCUCCUUAGGAAGUCACAAGAGAAGGAAAGAACUGUGUCCAGAAAGCUCCGAGAAGCUGACAGCAAGCUGCUGAAGACGAGGGACGCCCUCCAGGCCCUGCAGAAGCUUUCUGAAGACAAAAACCUGGCAGAGAGAGAGGAACUGACACACAAAUUGUCUCUCCUCACCACCAAGAUGGAGACAAAUGACAAAAAAAUACAGAGCUUAGAAAAACAAUUGAGGCUGAACAACAGCGCCUUUGGCCGGCAGUUGGCUAUUGAAAAUCGGAAGACAGCAGCAGCUCAAACUGAGACAAAGACUCUGCAAGUGGAGGUGAAACACCUGCUACAAAAGCUUAAGGAGAAAGAGCGUGAGCUUGAAAUUAAAAAUAUCUAUACUAAUCGGAUACUUAAAAACUUACAUGAAAAAGAAGAUUACCCAAAAGCUUCUUCUACAAAAUCAGUCCAAGCAGACAGAAAAAGCUUGUCAUUUACAAUUAUGAGACACAAAGAAACCCAAAAAUCAGAUGACUUUCCACCUUUGAAAACUAAGUUACAGAGUAAAAAGACAAGAAACACUGAUCAUAAAGAAAAAUCAGCUGAAAUAAACUGUGAAAUUCCUCCAGUUAUCAGUAAACUACCAAGACUAGAGGAAUCUAAAAGGAAAUAUGAAGAUUUAUCAAAGGCAGAAGAAAUGCAAGGACUACUGGAGAACACUAGGAGACAUAAAGAGAAAAGGGAAGAGCAAGAAAAGAAAACCAUCUUAGAGGAACAAGAACCAUCCCCAAGAAUUCCAGCACCUCAUCCUGAAAGUAGAGGCCAUCAGGAAGAUGAAGCAGCCAAGGAAAAGCUGUGUUCACAAAUGAGUGACAGGGCCGAGGCCCCGGACACAUUCGUGGUUCCCAGCACCAAGAUGGUCUUCCGCCACAGGAAGCACUACUCCUUCACAGAGGCCACGGAGAACCUGCACCAGGGCCUCCCCACCUGCCCAGGGCCGGCCCACCCUGGUAGCACACGGUGCCUGGCAGGCGGCCGACACCGCUGCCAUGUAGAGGAGAUGAGACCGGAGCAGGAGGCCAGCAGCUACGAGCCCGCCCCUGCUGCGCCUUCCCGAACCAAGGUAGAAGACACUGCAUUCCAAAUCAGGAAAAACUGUCUGAUGGAAGAACUCUUUGGGUCUGGCUCUGUCUUAAAGCAAGACCAGAGCAGUCCUGUGGCUACAGAGGGCUUGGAGGAGCCCCUGAAAAACAAGGCCUCGCAUCACCUAUCUCCUGGUCAGGCCUCUGCCAACAACGCCUUUGGAGACUCAAACGUUACUGUGGUAAACUCCAUGAAGGCCUCCUCACCUACAGAAGAGAAAAGAAAAAUUAUUAUUUAAAUAUAACCAAUGCCCAGGACAUUCUGGUGUGGUGUACGAGCUCCUAGAUGCUGGCAAUCUCACCAUUUCAACACGUGAGAGGCGCACACAUGUAUGGGUGUCUCAGUGCUUGAACUGCCUUUGGAUAAAUUGUUUUAUUUCUAAUCUAACAAAAAAAAUCCACUGUAUAUUAGU